GGUGCAGGUGUGCACAGGGCAUGGAGAUGAGGAUUGGCGUGCUGAGUCCCCAGUGUGGUGCUCAGCUGCGGGCCAGGGGAGCUGGUCAGGGACAUGGGAGGUUUAGGGGGGGCUCAAGGGGGUCUGUGGGCAAACGGCCAGGCUGGACCCAGGGGGCCACAGCCGUUGAGAAGGAAAUGGCUCUUGGGCAAGCGUGGCCAGCGGGAGAUGGUAUCAGCACCCCAACAUCCCCCCUGCACCCCCAGCACCCCCACUCCAGGAUAUGCUGCACCCCAUACACCUGCCUUGCACCCCUCAAACUGGAGCAGCCCCCACCCCUGCACCCCCGCCCCUUUCACUGUCCCAACACUCACCCUCUGCCUUGGGUACCCCUGUGCACCCCCCAACCUGCAGCCCCCCCUCCUGGGGGCCACAUGUGUCCCACUGCAGGCAGGGACUCCCCCCACCCCCCAGUGUCAUCCCAACGUCCCCAUGGUGUCCCCAGAGCCAGCUGGGUGGCGCAAGGCUGUGGUGGUGACAUGUGGCCCUGUCACCCCUAUAAGGGGGACAAUGGGCAGAGCUCCCCAGAGCCUCCAGUGUCCCACUGCCAUGUGGCCCUGCCUGCUGCUCGCUCUGGCCCUCCUGGGCACUGUCCCUGCCAGCCACCCUGAGGGACCCCAGGUACCUGUCCUCUGCCCUGCAGCCCCCCGCCAGCUGCAGGGGGUCCCUGCUGGUGAGACCCCCCCGCUGUAUUACACCGUGGUGAAGAAGCUGCGCACCUAUGCCAAAGCCCAGCGCUACUGCCAGGAUGUGUACCGGGGUCAGCUGGCCUCGGUGCACAGCGCUUCCCGCAACCAGGAGCUGCACAAACUGGCACGAACCUACAAAAUCGUCAUCUCACCCUGGAUCGGAGCUGUCACCAGCAAAAGGCAGGCAGGGAACUGGGAGUCCUACUGGGAGGACUCCAGCCCCUGGAACUACGCGAACUGGGCGCCCACCCAACCCUUGCACAUUGUCACCACCUGCACCACCCUCAGCGUCCGAGAUGGGCUCUGGAGAAGCCGCUUCUGCCUCCAGCUGCGCCCCUUCAUCUGCCAGUACUGAGCCCCCAGUGCUGCCAUGGCAUCCCAGCUCCUUUCCCAAUAAAGCAGAGGUACCCUGA